AGAAAAUAGCGGCAUACGCAUCAUUAUUAGAAAUUAGAGCCACAGCUUAAGCUCUGUUGUCCACAGCUUCUGUUUUCUUCAGAAUGAAAGCUCACCGAGACUCUCAGCAGAGGCGACGAGUGUCUGUUGUCAGUUACAUCCACGCGACAAGUGGUCGCCUUCGCAGACCACCCAGGGUGGAAAGACAUGCACCAGCUCGCCGCUGUAGCCCAAGCAGUGGAAGAGCUAAUCAACUUUUGCCAGCUGUACUCUCUCAAGAUGAUGUGGAGCCUGAGGAACCUCAUGCUGUUAGUACCAGUAGAAGCUGUAGCUGUUCAAGUGUUUCCACAUACAGAAUGCGUGUGUGUGACAAAACAAGAUUGAGGCACUCUGUUGAAGCAGCUGCUUCAACAAACAAACGUACCAGAGAAACUCAAGCAUCAAACAGUAUACCUUCUGCAGUUGCACAAGAUUUGGCAGCAUGUUUGCCACCAGGGGAUCAACGCCCGUACGACAGCUCACGGUACGCCCCAAACGAGGCAGGGGAUGACGUGCUGAGCUACAGUGUCCUGCCUGCUGAAAUGUUGCCUUUUACUGCAGAAAGGCACCGAGCAUAUGACAAGUCUAAAUAUUAUGACGCUACCCCCAGAGAAGUUCCUGUUUUGAGGAACCAGAUGGCGCUGCAGUUAAGGGAAGAAUUGGAGCAGUGGAGGAGGUCUCAGGCUAGCUCUGUUCAGUCACUUGAAGAGCAGUACCCUCAGUGGGCAGACUGGAGGGCUGAUAUCCUACCACAGACAAGAAAGAAACGACCAUUGAGUGCACCAGAAGUUCGCACAAUGUUCAGAGAAGGCAGUGAGGAGGGAGAAGCGAGCGAUGUUAAGCAGAAGGAUGAAUUGGGAACACGACAUGCUGCACAGGAAGUGGUCACGUCGCACUCAGAGCCAUCUACCUCCCAGGGGUGA